AUGCGUAUCCAUUUGUUUAUCCAGCGUCACGAGCUCCCCGCCACGCGUAUCCUAUGGACUAUCCCGACUCGCAUGCCCGCUGGGGGAUAUACAAUCGCGCAGCUUCUUGCAGAUGUGGAUGAGAUCGUUCCGCUCGAGUCCCAGCCGAGCAAUUCAGAGGACGGGAAAGGCGAAGAGUACUGGGGCCUGGAAGAUUACGUUGUCGAACUGAUGGGUUCAGAAUGUCUACAUUUUAUGGAAGUUGAAAACCUGCUGAGAGACGGAGACGAACUUGUGAUUCGGCCAUUGCAUUAUGAGGAACUGGAGAUACGCCAGAUCACAGGGCGUCAUCAAAUUUCAACGAACGGCACACAUUUAAUCGAUGGAGUUCCCUUUGGGAAACGAUACCUGAAAAGAUCCACGUCUUCUCGCCCGUCCAUCGCAAUACCCCCUCGAAAUAAAAGGAGACGUAUAGACGAGACACCCUGGAGGAGUGAUAGGUCUGCUAGAGGCGGGCUGCCAGUGACUAAUUCUCCUCCUAGGUCUGAAGGGGAGGAGGUUCUUAUUGAUAAGGACGUUGGUACUGGGCCGGUUGUAUUACAGCAGGGAGAAGCUGUCGGCGACCAAAAGUCACAAGAGACGGUAGAAGUGCAUGGCGGUAAAUGCGACGCACAGAAAGGUGAACUAUGCUCGUCUCCGCAGACUGUUACCACAAUCAUGAAGGUCGCCGAAGAAUCUGGCGACCAUGCUUCAGCUAUAAACAGAGGGCUAAACCGUGCUUCAUUGAAUCAACAUGAUCACGACAAUAACCCUGUGGAGGAAGCACAACGAUCUAUACUCUCAUCAUCGAGCUCAGAAUCUUCGGUAAGCGAAAGUGAGAUUAGCAAUUCCGCGGAAGAUUCAAGCGAAGAGGAAAUUUCCAGCUCUGAAAGCUCGUCGUCAAUAUCGUCGACUUCCAUAACCAGUGAUGAUGAUUCCGAGGGGAUGGGUUCUCGCAGGACAAAACACAGCAACCUACGGACAAAAUUGAGAAGAAGGCUUGCAAAAAUGAAGGAAAGUGGUGUGCUUCCUCAAAACGCGAAUUUUGACGAUUUGCGUGCCUGGGACCGAAACGGCAUGAAAGCCCUUAAAACUCCUAUGGAAACGGUGGGAAUCGAACUAUCCGAGUUAGAAAAACGACGAAUACAACUACUCCAGGAUAUAGAAAGAGGUGGCAUAGACGUGACUCCUGUUCGCCAUGAUGAUCAAGCCUCUCAAGGCAAACCCUCCACGGACACGGCAGCAGACACUAUAGAAGAAGAAGUGCCUCAGAAAAGGAUGAAACUAGAUAUGGCUAGUACUAGGCGGCUUGUUCUGGGGUCUCUUGGGUUACGAGCCCGGAACAUCGAAAAGGCUAAGGUCGAGGGGAAAUUGAAGGCAUCUGAACCCGAGGAGCACGCUAAGGAACCUACAGAAUCAGCAACAAAGACCCAAGCUCUUAUGCCUGUAGAGAACUGGCAGGACUUCAUUAAUCUCAAAGCCACCGAGUGCAUUUAUCAAGACGUCACGAUCCCGCCCCCACCCUUCCCAUUUGUACAACGAUGGGAUGCUGAAAGCCAAAAACAGAUUAGAGAACAGCGGAAUCUUCAUAAUCCACGGGGCAGAAAGCGAAAAAGAAAAUCUCGUGCUUACGAAGACGAAGAAAUCGAAGAUCAUAGUAGAUACAACUAUUCGAAUGUCGACAUCACGCUGAAUUAUUCUGACAACGAUGAGAGCAGCGAAAAGGUUAUUUCGCCCAUUGAGAAAGUAUCUGCUGAAUAUCAGGACGAGUUACAAGGGAAUUAUGUGCAAUCUGCGCAAUCUCAAGAAAACAUUGUGAAGUCGACGCCUGCCGAGACGGAAGAAGAUCUCCCAAUAGUGGAGGAUGUUUCCUCCCUUCCUGGGGCCACCGAAAAUGAUUUGAAACCUGGAGCUAUAAUAGUCUUCAAGCAACUGGAAGUUUCGAAGUCAACUGGGUGGCAGCCGGUGGUCUCCUGUUAUCGGACAGCGAUUAUCGAAGAGGUUUUAGACAACUCGACCAUGCAGCUUCGGCUCGCUAAACGCGAUCGAAAAGAGCGGCCGCAAAGUCAGGACUCAGGGCCACGCAGUCCGGAUCGUAUCCCUGAAUCUGUUCUACAAGAGCCUGACGAAGCGGAAAUAUUCCAGGUUUCUUCCCAGACGCGACGAGAGAUUUCACAAUUGAUAGAUGACGCCGGGUUUAGGUCUGGUAUUGACUCCGAUUUGAACAUUCCAGAAGAGGCCUUUCCGGCCGCGAGUGUGGCGCAAGUGAUGGAGGAGGAAUCAGAUGAUGACGAUGAUGAUGCCCCUAUACAAUCGCCCGCUUUCAGCGGGUUCGAAAAAAGCCCAGCUGCUGAACCAUGCCAGCAAACCAGCCGAGAUAUCCCCACAGAUACUGGUGAAACCGAAAUUCAUGCAGAAAUCAAAGGGCUCUCCUCUGUGCAAACAAGCUUCACGGGUAACUCCGCUCAGCAGGUGAAUUCAGCCUUGACCUUGCCGUCCAUGCCAUCCGAUGAUGGUCUCCAUUAUAUAACUGAUCUCGAUACCACGGUGGUAGGAGCGGCGGUAGGGGAUGCAAGUCAAUUCUCCGGCCACAAAUCGCGAACGCACACUCCUGACACACAAUUGCAACAGCUCAAGGAACCCGAGGCCGCGAGUCAAGCAGAAUCGCUUCUCUCCACCGUGCCUCCGACUAUCCAGGAAAAUGAGAACGACACGCACCAUGAUCGCCCUGACUCAUCCAGUUCAAUGGUGACCAAUCCAUUCUAUGAAAUUGACCGUGUCCUCUUUCAAGAGACCAGCGAUGCAUUAAGCCUUGAGAAAAUGAUUUCGUCCACAGCGCCAGCCCGUACCACCGAAUUGCCCACGCCCAAGAAACGUGCCGAAUCCAAACGACGGGCCAUGUCGACUCCAAGACAACGGUUUCCUGAGCCAAAAUUCGUUUACAAGGACGAUGAUAAGGAUGGAGACUAUGUCCCAGGUCUUUCGUCGCCCCCCAAAGUGAAGAAACGAUCAAAAUCUACCCAGCAGAUGAAAGGCGAGCCAAUGGGUUCACAACCUCGGAAUCGCGAAUUUCAGAUACCUGAGGGCUCUCAAGUCAUUGACCUCUGUGAUUAA